CGGCUCUAGUCGCACACGUGCGAGAGAGACGAUCACGGUACGGCGUGCGGUACACAACACACCGAUCGGCGCACCUGGUCCGUCCCCCUCGCUGGUGAUUCCGUACUGGAUUUUCGCGGAGAGGUCUCACGCGAGAUCGCGCGCGCGCGCGUGUGUGUGCGUGUUUACGCGGGAUGUCCAGAGGGAAGAGUUCCCGACCGGUGGAGAGAUUCCUUGUCCUGUUCUCAAGAGGGUGAGAGAGAAAGAGAGAGAGGACAACGAGCUCCGAGGAGACGCGUUCCCUGGGACACACACACGUCGCCACACGGCCUCACCCUCCUGACCGAGGGCGAGGAGCGAGGGUCUCGCGGUUAGAGAGGCGCACGAUAGCCACGGAGCACCAGCGCGAGGAGAUUCGCGAUCGGUCGAUUCGUUCAUCGGGGGUGACCGACAGUGGGUUUCUUGUGGAAUCCGUGGAUUAAUACUGACGGAAAGAGAGAGAGAGAGAAAUCGAGAGAUCAACAGCCGUCGCGCCGAGGAGUGGUGAUCUCGUAAUCAAGCGAGCAACGGGAGCGGCGCCUGCCGAGUAAGAUUCCGAAUGAGGACUCCGGAGGGGAGACCGUCGGCUUUCGGCAAUCUGCAGGAGAGCGCUCCGUCGGGGUGGUUUCGCGAGGGAUCGACGCCCCGUGGCAUGUCGGCGAUUCGUAUCAAUGUGGAAGAGGAGGAGGAGGCUCCCAACGACGACCGCGAGGAUUUCGUUCGAGACAUCGAAACGACGGCGGUGGCGACGACAGCGGCGGUAGCUGCUGCGAGCAGCCCGCUUUCCUGGCACAUCCCAAGGCCGUCCUUGGUCGGGCGCAGCGAGAGAGACAGCGAAAAUGGAAGCUGGGCUCAUCACUUGCAUCCGAACUCCCCCUCGAGAGGGUCGACAUCGUCCCAAGGAUCCACUGCCAGUACACACAGUGCCGCGUCGGGCACGUUGCUGCUGACAGCGGCGAACCUGGCGAAUCUCGCCGCCAUACACCCGCCCACGGUGACGGCACCAAAGCAGAUGGACACCGCGUCGGUGGCCAGCAGCACCCACUUCACGGUCGUGAAUGGCCUCGGCAGACCGGCCACCGUCUACAGGAAGUCCUGGUGCGCGCGAAAUCAGCUCACCGUGCUCGUAUGCACCAUGAGCUUUCUGUUCAUGGUCGGUCUGUUGGCCGGGAUCCUUUACAUGGAAAUGAGGGCUCGUGACAAGUACAACUAGGCCGAGGGUGACGGGAGGAAGCGACGACACGUGACCGUGAAUGAUGAUCAUCGUGAUAGAGACGGGAGCGGCGAAGAGGCGGAAAGACACGGAGAAGCGCCGCCGUCGCCGCGGGAUCGUGCUCUUUUUCCACGAAGAAGCGAGGAGAGGAUGCGCGCACGACUCGGUCACGAUGUAUUAAUUCGAGUUACUCCGUAUUUAUAUGUAUUACGUACGUCCGCGUUUGGACCGCGUCCGAACCAAUUCUCGGUCUCGACGACGCGCUCUCUCGGCGGGCGGUUAGAGUUCUAAGUAUUGCUGUAUUGCACCGCGACGAAAGUGUGGUACGUGAAAACCAGUAAUUACAUUUGUGUAAUGUACGCGACGUACUGUUAAGUGCCGUUGAGGAGGAGGAUUAACGAGAUCCUCGCGAACAGGGGAGCCUUGUAUAUUUAUGCUGAAACUAACGGAUUCCUCCCGGAUCGUACCGCGAGACGCGAUCCGACGAAUAUUGUAACAUUCUUCUUCUUCUUUUUUUAACAUUGAUUAACCCUUUGCCGCGUGUCACACGUGUACGAAAAACAAGCGUCUCUCUCUCUCUCUUUCUCUCUUUCUCACUCUCUCGAAAUUCGUUCACCGUUCUGCCCAUGUGAUUAUGACACCUCUCCGCGCACGAAGAGAUUUUAUUUCACAUUACAGGAGAAUAUAUAUGUGGGUUUAUAUACGGGCGGCAGUGAUGCACGAUGUGGUUCGCGAUCGCUCCAAAUGAAAUAUACUCUCGGCGGUUUAAGACGCUUCUGCUAUUUAGCUCUCGCCCGAUUUAUCGUUCGCUGUAAAUCGCGUCGACACUACCGUGAGCUAACGAAGAGGAGUGCGGAGAAGCGGAAUGUGAGUAUGUAUGUAUGUGUGUGUGUGUGUGUGUGUGUUGUGAGGGUAUCGUUUGGGUGUCAUCAAUCACUGGUCGUCCGUGACGAAAAUUCGAAUCUGAUCGUAUUUUGAUGAGCAACGAAUAUAUACCGACGGACGGAGUUCGAAGCAAUCGACGAAAUGAGACCGAGAUAGCGUAUAACUAUUCAGGGCUCGUAAAUUAAUUCUCAUUAACAAAUCGCCUUAAUUAAACCUGGAUUUCCGUCGGAAUGUCAUUCCAGGGAUAAGUGGAAUGUAAUGAAAAAGCAAUGAGGGGCGGUCGCGUCGAUCGCUUUUCGCGUCUGUGAUAUUACUUGCGUAUUAAUUAAUUGUCGAUUCAACAAGAAACUGUCAAAUGCACUGAUCGUUGUUUCAUUUAAACCCGACUUCUGCAGCGUAUAAAUAUGAUAAAUAUAAUAGUAUAUAUAUGGUAGAGGCAAGAAACAGUCAUAUCAAUUAACCCUCGCUGCCCACCUGCUCUCGAAAUUCACAUAACCUGAGGCGUUUUUGACCCUACCUUACAAUUAUUCAUUUUAUAUUGA